AUGGCCGACCACCGUGAAGCCGAGAUUGUCUUGUAUGACUUGGCCUGUACCAAGAACGUCUGCUUCUCUCCCGUUGUCUGGCGCAUCCGCCUCAUGCUUAACUACAAGCAAAUCCCCUACAAGACCGUCUUUCUGGAAUUCCCGGACAUCGAGCCGACGCUGAAAGGGCUCGGCCUGGUUCCCCCCGAAUCCGCCGCAGGGCGAUACACGGUUCCGGCGAUCCACCACGUGCCGACCAACACAUACAUGAUGGACUCGACACCCAUCGCACAGUUCCUCGAGUCAACCUACCCCGACCCGCCGGUACCGCUGACGUCGGAGCUAGGAAGGGAGGUCGAGGCCAAAGCACGCACCGUGGGCGGGCUGGCCUUCCGCACUUCAGUGAUGCCACGGGAGAUACGCAUCCUAUCUCCCCGUGCGCAGGAGUACUUCCGACGCACGCGCGAGACCUCGCUGGGACACCCGCUCGAAGAUCUGCUCGACGCCGACAAGGAGGAAAAGGCGUGGGACGCGGUGAGCGAGGGCAUGCGCGCCGUCGGAGACCUGAUGCGCACAAACAAGGCCGAGGGCCCGUUCGUGCUGGGCGCCCGGCCCAGCUAUACUGACUUCUUCAUUGCCGGGUCCCUGCAGUGUGCGAGGGUGGUGGAUGAAGAAGUCUUCCAGAGACACAUGAAGUAUCCGGUUUACAAGGAGAUUUAUGAGGCCUGUCUACCGUACAUGGAGAAAAGGGAUUAG